AUGACACAGACGCAAAGGUCCAAGAGACUCCCACCACGAGCUGGUUCGAUAGCAGUAGUUGCUGGGGCCCGGCCCACGGUCUUGGUAUCGAAUCUAGAGCUGCUCGAACGCGCAAACGCUUUGAUCGGCUCAGAGACAAGUGACGCAAGUUAUCGUGAAAGCGAUGAGGCUGACGUAAGCGAUGUAUUCGACGAUAUGAUCGAUGCUCAACGCGCGAACCAUCGAGAACAAGUGUUGGCAACAACGGCCGAUGUCAAUGUGCUUCGGGAGAACGAUCGCGAAAUAUACACCAGACUUGAGUCUGACGGGGCGUCUGAUGAGGGAUGCGAUAGUGAAGACUCAUCUUUGGAGGAUUGGGCAAUGCAAGACCCGCAAGCCCAGGAUGAUGAUACAAGCUCUGCGGAUGAGACGGACAACAUAAAUGAUGACGACGCACUGAUAAAGAUGGCAAAAAACCGAAAUGAGAUUAAAUCCUGGGAGACGUUGGGUGGGAGCCAGUUUCAGGACCCAUGGAAAGAAACCCAGACUAUCGUGGGCUGUAUGAAGGCGCAUGGGGACCGACAGAUGUCAUUCUCAAGAUCGCGGAGUCCUCAAUAG